GGAAGCCAGACUGGGCCACGUCUGCGAGGUCUGAGUGAGCUGGUUUGGUGCGCACUGCGCGGCAGUAUCUCGCCAGUGAAGAGGACGUUCUUGCUCCAAGUCUAGACAUGAAUCUGGAGGCUGUUUCUAAACGCUCAGCAUUCCAUGCCAAGCCUCAGGGGCUCAUCCUUCAGUAUGGGACUGCUGGAUUUCGGACAAAUGCCCAACAUCUUGAUCAUAUCAUGUUUCGAAUGGGGUUGCUAGCUGUCCUGAGGUCAAAGCAGACAAAAUCUACCAUUGGAGUCAUGGUUACAGCCUCACACAACCCUGAGGAAGACAAUGGUGUGAAACUGGUUGACCCUCUGGGGGAAAUGUUGGCCCCGUCUUGGGAGGAGCACGCCACCUGUCUGGCCAGUGCCGAGGAGCAGGACAUGCCUGAAGUGCUUGCUGCCAUCGUGGAGAAAGAAGCUGUGGAUCUGCAGCAGACUGCCUUCAUAGUUAUUGGUAGAGACACCAGGCCCAGCAGUGAGAAGCUUUCACAGUCUGUAAUAGAUGGUGUGACUGUUUUAGGAGGACAAUUCCAUGAUUAUGGCCUAUUGACCACACCUCAGCUGCACUACAUGGUGUAUUGCCGGAAUUCCGGAGGCUGGUAUGGACAGGCCACCGUAGAAGGCUACUGCCAGAAACUCUCCAAGGCUUUUGUAGAACUUAUGAAACAGGUUUCCUGCAGUGGAGAUGAAAAGAGAUCGCUUAAGGUUGACUGUGCCAACGGCAUAGGGGCCUUGAAGCUAAAAGAAAUGGAACACUACUUCUCCCAGGGACUGUCGGUUCUGCUCUUUAAUGAUGGCACGGAAGGGCGGCUCAAUCACCUGUGUGGUGCUGACUUUGUGAAAAGUCAACAGAAACCCCCACAGGGAAUGGAAAUGAAGUCUGGUGAAAGGUGCUGCUCCUUUGAUGGGGAUGCAGACAGGAUCGUGUAUUACUACCGUGAUGCCGCGGGUCACUUCCAUCUCAUAGAUGGAGACAAGAUCGCCACGUUGAUUAGCACUUUCCUUAAAGAGCUCCUGUUGGAGAUUGGAGAAAGUCUGAACAUGGGUGUCGUACAGACAGCGUAUGCAAAUGGUAGUUCCACAAGAUACCUUGAGGAAGUUAUGAAGGUACCUGUGUAUUGCACCAAAACUGGUGUCAAACAUUUGCAUCACAAGGCUAAGGAGUUUGACAUUGGAGUUUAUUUUGAAGCAAAUGGGCAUGGCACAGCGCUGUUUAGUGAAGCAGUUGAAGCGAAGAUAAAAAGACUGGCCCAAGAGCUAGAAGACGGAAAAGGAAAAGCAGCCAGGAUGCUUGCGAGCAUCAUUGACUUAUUCAACCAGGCAGCUGGAGAUGCCAUUUCUGACAUGUUGGUGAUUGAGGCUAUCCUGGCUUUGAAGGGGCUGACUGUACAGCAGUGGGAUGCUAUUUAUGUUGAUCUUCCUAACAGACAACUCAAAGUUAAGGUUGCAGACAGGAGAGUUAUUAGUACCACAGAUGCUGAAAGACAAGCAGUCACUCCACCAGGACUCCAAGAUGCAAUCAAUGACCUCGUGAAGAAAUACAGGCUUGCCCGAGCUUUUGUACGUCCCUCUGGUACUGAAGACAUUGUCCGAGUAUAUGCGGAAGCCAACUCACAAGAAAGUGCAGAUAGGCUUGCCUAUGAAGUGAGCGUGGUGGUGUUUCAGCUGGCUGGAGGCAUUGGAGAAAGACCACAACCAACUUUCUGAAGAUAAAUUUUAUAUUCUGGGAAAAUGGACUUCUAAAAUGUUUUUAUAACACUUUAUAACACUGGCAGUACAAUACUGGCAGUACUAAGGCAUUUGUAAUCAUGAUAUUAACAUGUCAUGCAUGUUAAUGAAUUAUUUCUAGAUAUGUUUUUAAAUGUUAUCAGGAAAAAAAAUGUUUAGAAGCUCUAAAUCUUAGACUUGGGAGUGAAGCUUGCCUCUGAUUUUAACCUGUUAUUAAGUUUUAAUAGUUCAAGUGCCAUUAAUUUUACAGGGUAUGCAGUGAAUUCGUGUACUGGGAAAUUAAACUUUAUUACCAACUAA